AUGGAAUACAACCUUAUGAACAUGUUUUACCUUUUCAUAUUUGUCAUCACUUUUAAACUGUUGUUCUUCAGAAAAGGGUUGAAAAAUUUACCACCAUCUCCACCUUCUCUUCCUCUGAUAGGCCACCUCCACAUGCUGAAACACCCAAUCCAUCGCACCUUCCACACGCUCUCACACAAAUACGGUCCUAUCUUCGCUCUUCGCUUUGGGUAUCAACCCGUUCUUGUAGUUUCAUCCGCAUCCGCAGCAGAAGAAUGUUUCACCAAAAACGACAUCAUCUUUGCAAAUCGUUUCAACUCUUCUAAGACCAAAUAUCUCGCCUUUAACAACACCCUCAUCACAGUCUCAUCUUACGGCGAUCACUGGCGGAACCUACGCCGCAUCAGCUCCUUGGAGAUCCUCUCCAAUCACCGCCUUAAUUCCUUUCUGGGAAUUCGAAGGGACGAGACCAUCAGGCUGCUGCAAAAGCUUGUUAGAGUUUGUAAUAAAAGCGAUUUCACGAAAGUGGAACUAAGACCAAUGUUUGCAGACCUAACUUUCAACACUGUGAUGAGAAUGGUGUGUGGAAAACGUUACUACGGCGUGGAAGAACACGAUGGGACUAACGCUGAAGAGGCUAGGAAAUUCAGAGAAGUUAUGGAUGAGCUGACGCAGUUCGGAUUGGGAUCCAACCUCGGCGAUUUUGUGCCUUUUUUUAGAUUGUUCAAUUUUAGCGGUGACAAGAAGUUACGAAAGUUCGGGGACAAGCUAAACGCGCUUUUUCAAGGUCUCAUAGAUGAACAUCGGAAGAAGAAAGAAAGUUCGAAUACCAUGCUAGACCAUCUACUUUCCUCACAGCAGUCACAGCCUGAGUAUUACACCGAUCAAAUCAUCAAGGGUCUUAUUAUGGCGUUAAUUGUGGCUGGAACAGAGACUUCUGCUGCAGCGUUGGAGUGGGCAAUGUCCCAUUUGGCAAACCAUCCAGAGGUGUUGGAGAAAGCAAGGAUUGAAUUGGAAAAGCACGUUGGAGAAGCGCGUUUGGUGGAGGAAAUGGAUGUUCCCAAAUUACAGUACCUUCAGAAUAUAGUAUCAGAAACUCUGCGAUUGAAUCCACCGGUUCCUAUGUUAUUACCUCAUUUAUCCUCGGAAGACUGCACCGUGGGAGGUUACGACGUGCCACGUAAUACCGUGUUGAUGGUGAACGCCUGGGCCAUACACAGGGACCCGGAGUUGUGGGCUGACCCAACGAGUUUUAAGCCCGAGAGGUUUGAGAAUGGGCCUGUGAAUGGUCACAAGCUGAUCCCGUUUGGGUUGGGAAGAAGGGCGUGUCCUGGCGCAGCCAUGGCCCAAAAAACUUUGGGCUUAACUUUAAGCUCAUUGAUUCAAUGCUUUGAAUGGAAGAGAAUCGGCGAAGAAGAAGUUGACCUGAGUGAAGGAGAAGGAACAGUAGUGCGGAAGGCCGUUCCUCUGAAGCUGCAAUGCAAACCUCGUUCAAUCAUGACCAACAAUUUCCUAUUUUCUCUCAAAUCCCCUUAA